AUGGACGGCGUAACAUCCAGCCUCAAAGACCUCCAAAUCGACCAGAUCCCUGUGUACCUCCUCAAAACCAAGUCCUCCCCUUCCGACAGCUACGAAGAAUACUUCACCCGCCUCCAAAAUGGCAAAUACAAACCCCUCUUCGUCCCCGUGCUGGAACACAUGCUCCGCGACGACACUUUAAGGACACUUCGAAGAUCUGCCGAACGGUUCGCUUUCGCAGGUGGAAGUGAAGCUACCGCACGACAGAAAGCUACGAAUAACCCCGCGAAGCGGUAUGGAGGGAUCGUAUUCACUUCUCAGCGCGCUGUGGAUGCUUUCGCGACGGUGAUUGCCAAGCUAGAUCCGGAGAAACUAGAGAUGUUGUUCGAUAGGGAUAUGCCCAUGUACGUUGUCGGCCCCGCGACUGCGAAUGGCGUGAGGGCUCUGGGGUUGCCGUGUCCGGUGGUGGGCGAGGAGACGGGGAACGGGGAGGCGUUGGCGAAGUUCAUUCUGGAGUGGCACCGGACGCUGUCCAGGGAUGUGACGUGUUUGAAUGGGAGGAGGCUGCCGCUUUUGUUUUUGGUUGGGGAGCAGAGGAGGGACGUCAUUCCGAAGACGCUGCAGUCGGAGGAGUUGAGUGAGGCGGAGAGGAUUGCGGUGCAAGAGGUUGUGGUUUAUGAGACGGGGGAGAUGGCGACUUUCGAGGAGGAUUUCACGGAGCUGUUGAAAGAGGCGCGGGCGGCGAAGGUCAAGGAGCAGUGGGCCGUGGUGUUCAGUCCGCAGGGUUGCGAGGCUAUGUUGAGUGCGUUGAAUUGGCUGGAUGAGAAGACGGGACAGUAUAGUGCUGGGAGAAGAGAGAUCAUGUCUGGACCGCUCGCGACGAAGAUUGCUACGAUUGGACCUACGACAAGGGAGUUCCUGACUACACAGUUUGGCUUUGAGCCCGACGUGUGUGCGGAGACGCCGAGUCCAGAGGGUGUUGGGGAGGUGAUCGAAAAGUUCAAAAGUACUUGA